AUGCCAGCUGAUGCACCACUCGUUCGUGUGGGGAGAAAUUUCGAUAAUAAUAAAUCUGUCCACGUGACCAUCUAUGAGGAAGUAUUCAUGGCGUGCUAUCCGAACCAAGAGGUGACAGACGUUCUGAAUGCCUUGGUUUCGGUCGAUGCCGGUCGUGCACACGCGAAGGUUAACUACCAGUCGUUCUACAAUCAACCCGACGCGGACAUGCCGGAAGUGGUCACGAGCGACUGGCAGUCCGCGAUUGACGCGUAUCUUGACACGGUCAUGAACACGGCAGUUAUGCGAAAAGCUCAGGAGUUCCUUACAAAGCAAGGCGAGGGAUGCCUAUAG